AGGGAGAGCUUGGAGAACCAGGACUUCCGGGAUUUGCUGGAAUGGCGGGACUUGACGGGAAGAACGGCAUGAAGGGAUCAAAGGGAGACAGAGGCCUGCAGGGGCAGAAGGGGGAACCGGGGGGAAAGGGAGAGCCUGGCAUCGCGGGAGACAUCGGGCGCAAAGGCUCCAAGGGUUUACGCGGCUUGCCAGGGCGGACAGGACCACCGGGCUCAGAUGGAGUCAAGGGGGAGUUGGGAAGCCCAGGGAAACCAGGAACGCCCGGGGCAGAUGGGCUGCUGGGGCCCAAGGGUGCGCAGGGAGAGUCCGGCAAGAAUGGAUCCCAGGGGAUUUGGGGCCAGAAAGGAGAAAAGGGUGCCAAAGGAGUGCCCGGCUUGGGUGGCUUCAAAGGGCAGACUGGUUUGCGUGGUCAGAUGGGCAUUGUCGGACCACCAGGGCCACAAGGGCCCAAGGGGGAGCCAGGACUGCAGGGUGAAAAGGGCAAGAAAGGCAGGCCACAGCUGUGCCCCAGAGGACCCAAAGGGAUGCCGGGCCUCAAAGGAGGAAUGGGGGAAGAAGGCCCGGUCGGUCCGAAAGGAGAAAAAGGACCCACGGGACUUUCUGUGGAGGAGGUGAAAGACAUCGUCAGGAACGAGAUGAGCGACAUGCACGCUUGCGCCCGCAAAAACUUUGACGUGGCAAACCAAUCUGCAGAUCCCAGCGUCGAUGAUCUAGCGGAUCCCAGGAAAAGGGGGAAAAGGGCUCCAGUCUCCAAAAAUCUGAGGACGACAAAACUAUUCAACGGCGUAGAGAAUGGGAACAAAUCAGAGAUGCUUCUUAGAGAACCGGCUCCCUCCAUUCCAAAUCCUUGUAUCCUGCCCAUGGACGAGGGCUUCUGCCUCCACUACACGGUGCUCUGGUAUUACCACCGAAAAGCAAACAAUUGCCGGCCGUUCAUCUUCGGGGGCUGCGGUGGGAACGCAAACCAGUUUCCUUCCAAACGGAAGUGCGAAUUGUGGUGCAAGAAGGCGGCAGGAAGCUGACCCAGUUGCAGAAGCGGAACUUCUGUGGGAAGAAGGGAAGAGCCUCGCCAUUUCCAAGACAGAACAGUGAAAUGACUCAGCAUAAGCAGGAUUUCUGCCACAGCGAUGAAAGAAACAUGACCCAUGAAAGUUAACCCAUUGGUCAGGGGGUGAUCUGACUUCCUUGGUUUGUGUAGCAUCUGUCCCACUAAUGAAACCUUGGCACAAGCCCGCAGAUCAGACUGACCAAGAGAGGUACCAGCAAUUCUUUUCAACAGAGAGGUACAAUAGUGUUUCCUAAUUAAAAUCGACUAGCAGGCAAGUAGGUUUUAAUCUGCGCUAGUGUAACCUCUUUCUGUGGGUUCUGUGGGGCAGAACUUGGAAUGAGUGUUCAACCACAAUUUUUAAAAACAAAAUGGCUUUACUUUCUUAACAUAUAACAUCAAACCUCAACAUUUAACAU